GCCUGCCCGGGCCCGGUCGGGUCACCGCCACUGCACCUUUGGCGCCCAUUCCUGAGGUUCUCUAAUGGUCUUGUUUCACCAUGGCAACCAAUAUGGAGGUGCUGGCUCAGCAGGUAGUGGAGACUCAGCAGGUGGCUGAGGAAAUGCACCGUGGUAACAUAGUGUGAUGGUUGUAUCUUGCCACUGGAGAGAUCGCUCCAUCUCAAGAGUGUAUGAAGCUCUGUGAUUUCUUCGUGGCCGGUGCCGACUCUUCAGACUUCGUUAUCUGAAUCUCCAGUGAUGACCAGCCCUUCUCAGCGUAUCCAGAUAAUUUCCACAGACGCCUCUGUAGCUUCACCACAACGCAUUCAGAUUGUGACAGAUCAGCAAACAGGUCAGAAAAUUCAAAUAGUGACAGCAGUGGAUUCAGCUGUGUCUCCAAAGCAACAGUUCAUUUUAGCUAGUCCAGAUGGAACUGGUGCAGGAAAGGUGAUCCUGGCAGCACCUGAGACAUCUAAUGCCAAGCAGCUUAUCUUUACCACCACAGACAACAUUGUGCCCGGCAGAAUUCAGAUAGUGACUGACUCUGCUUCAGUGGAACGUCUGCUAGGAAAAACUGAUGUUCAGCGGCCCCAGGUAGUAGAAUAUUGUGUAGUCUGUGGUGAUAAAGCAUCAGGUCGUCACUAUGGUGCUGUCAGUUGUGAGGGAUGCAAAGGUUUCUUUAAAAGGAGUGUAAGGAAGAAUUUGACCUACAGUUGUCGUAGCAACCAGGACUGUAUCAUCAAUAAACACCAUCGGAAUCGAUGCCAGUUUUGUAGGCUUAAGAAAUGUCUAGAGAUGGGCAUGAAAAUGGAAUCGGUUCAAAGUGAAAGAAAGCCUUUUGAUGUGCAACGUGAAAAACCAACCAACUGUGCAGCUUCUACUGAAAAAAUCUAUAUAAGAAAAGAUCUUCGAAGCCCUCUAAUAGCAACUCCAACAUUUGUGGCAGAUAAAGAUGGGACACGGUCAGCCGGUCUUCUUGAUCCAGGAAUGCUUGUGAAUAUUCAGCAACCUUUGAUCAGGGAUGAUGGUACAGUCCUCCUAGCUGCUGAUUCCAAGGCUGAAACAAGCCAGGGUGCCUUAGGAACACUAGCAAAUGUUGUAACAUCUCUUGCUAAUCUCAGUGAGUCACUAAAUAAUGGAGAUACUUCUGAAGUUCAACAAGAAGAGCAAUCUGCAAGUGAGAUUACACGGGCAUUUGAUACUUUGGCUAAAGCACUUAAUACCACAGAUGGUACAACAGCUCAUAACUUGGCAGAUGGGAUGGAUCCUACAGGAGGAGGGAAUAUUCAUGUAAUCAGUAGAGAUCAGUCAACACCAAUUAUUGAAGUGGAAGGACCCCUACUUACAGAUACACAUGUCACAUUUAAGCUGACAAUGCCCAGUCCGAUGCCAGAGUACCUUAAUGUGCACUACAUCUGUGAGUCAGCAUCACGACUCCUUUUCCUCUCUAUGCACUGGGCUAGGUCCAUACCUGCGUUUCAAGCUCUUGGGCAGGACUGUAAUACGAGCCUUGUGCGUGCUUGCUGGAAUGAACUGUUUACCUUAGGGCUGGCACAGUGUGCACAGGUGAUGAGUCUGUCCACUAUCCUGGGAGCAAUUGUCAACCACCUCCAGAACAGCAUACAAGAAGAUAAACUUUCUGGCGACAGAAUAAAGCAAGUCAUGGAACACAUCUGGAAACUUCAGGAGUUCUGUAACAGCAUGGCCAAGCUUGAUAUUGAUGGAUAUGAAUAUGCAUACCUUAAAGCUAUAGUCCUUUUUAGCCCUGAUCACCCUGGUCUGACCAGUUCAACCCAAAUAGAAAAAUUCCAGGAGAAGGCACAGAUGGAAUUGCAGGACUAUGUACAAAAAACCUAUCCAGAAGAUACUUAUAGGCUAGCCCGGAUCCUAGUUCGCCUGCCAGCACUUAGGCUGAUGAGCUCUAGCAUCACUGAGGAACUGUUUUUCACAGGUCUCAUUGGAAACGUUCCAAUUGACAGCAUAAUCCCCUACAUUCUCAAAAUGGAAACAGCAGAAUAUAAUGGACAAAUAACUGGCACAUCUGCAUAGAGGGAACAACGUAAUUUGAGGGAUUGAAGUAAUUUUCACAAAACCCGUAUAAUUAUGAAGUUAAAAGAGUAGUGUUUCAGUAUGUGCAGAUAAUACCAAUUGUUAUCAGUUUCCUGAGAGAUUUCUCGUUGUCUUUUUUUGAUGUUGACAAAAUUUAAAGCAGCUAUUAAAAGACCUAUUAUAGGACCUUUCCUGCCACAAGGAAUAUUUUGGAUGCCUUUCAUUUAAAAGGCCAUAGAUUACUGAACAUACUUUUCACAUGCUUUGUAUUUAGAAACUAUCAGUGGUUAAAAAGAGUUUUAUAAUAUCAGAGUAGUAAUAAAAUUACUUUAAAAGUAAAAGAACAGUAUGUAUAUAUUUAAAAAUAUCCUUGGAAUGAAUGUCUAGCAAAUGCCAGGGUAUAAUUACUAGCACUUUGUAAUCACUUCUUGUCAGAGCAACAGCAUCAUCAACAUUCUGUUUAUGAGUAUGGAAAAUGAAAAAAAAUGGAUAUGUCCUUAGUCAAAAUGCUAGCAAUUUUUGUAAAAAUGUAGAAUGCUAAAGGAGACAAUCAUUUAAUCUACAAAAAGUCACUUGCUGUUAUGUUAUGCAUGAAAUAAUUAAUGUGGAUUCUUAAAUCAGAUAUCCACAUUAUAUAAAACUUCAUCUAUUAAAUUAGUGCAGUUGUAAUACACGGUACAGUACAGUCAUAUUAUGUGCUACAGGAAUUCCCCACACUAAAGAAAAAAAGUGUUUGUCACAAUAAUGAUUAAAUAUGCAGGUUCCUUAAAGUGUUUAUUCAGACAAACACAAUCAUGACAAACGUUAUUCUAAGAGGCAGCCUUUUUACUUAGGGGAAAAUCAGUCAUUAACUGGAAGAGCAGUAAAUUUCAAAUAGAGCUGUGUGGUGCUCUUUGAGUAUGCUCUUUGUAUGCUGCAAAUUUACUCCUCCUCUCUGUACUCUGAACACCCUCAUAAUGUAGCCACAGGGUACAAUUUAAGACCUGAAAUGUGUAGAACCUCUGGUUGUCAGCAAGAGUUUAUUCCAAAGCUUUCUAUUUCUCCUUCCCUCCCUCAUGAAGCACUCCUGAUUUUGCGGUGUUCUCAACUUUCCUGUCACUCACUUUGAAACCAAAAUAUAGUUAGGAUUUACUUUCACUCAUGUACAAUUGCAGUUGAUGACUGAUGCACCAUGGAGGUAUAAAAUGAACUACUUUUUAAUUGUCUCGAGUGAUGAGCCAUCAAUAUGUCUGCUAGUAGUACUGGCCAUUAGCUGCUAGCAUAGGUUUCAUUUUACUAUAAUUUAAUAUUAUGGCUGUUCAGUAUUUUAAAAUCAAAGAUUUUUUUUUAAGUCAUAGCAAUUAAUACCUUCAUCUACCUGAUCCUGGCACAUUAGAUGCAUUAAUUCUUUUAAUUAUUUGUGUGUUAGAGGCAUUCUUACUUUAGUAGAUUUAUGUGACAAAACUUAUCUAAUGGUAAGUUCAGCACUUUGGUUUUUCUUCUGUUAUUGAUAUUUAUUUAGAAACAUCAACUAGGUUGGUGUUUGUGACUUUUCAGAGUCUGAAUUGUAGCCAAAAGACCUUAAGCAGCUUUAGAUGAGGCUUCUAAAGUAACAAAAAGAACCUGUAUACUUCAUGUUUGUUAGGAGGCUGAUAUUUGUAGCACUUACUGUUACACAAAAGACUAUUUAAUUUCAGCUUCUGGAUGCAUUAGUCUUCUAUAGUUACUCUUUUUAGCACAUUCAGAAUCUUCUUUUCUCAGAAGAGUAUUACUGAGUUCCAGUAAUGCAGAGAUUUGUAAUACAGCACUUGUAUCUAUCUCAACUUUUGCUAUAGCAAAUGAAAUUGUCAUAUUGUUCAUGCAAUGGAAAGUCUGCUCUCUACACGUGAAGUCAGCUGGACUUCAGCUUUUAGUACCAACCAUUUGACUGUAGUGCAACUGCUGUGGGAUUGUGUCAGCACUUCUGCUGCGCAGUCCUUAUGUUAAGGGUAUAUAACUUAAAAAUUAAAAGUGAUUAAUCAGAAACAAUAGCUACCUUGGAAGAAGUAGUCGCUGCUUUUGUUAAAAUUUAAAAUUUUACUUCUACAAGAAGAAUGCAUUGAAAUAUUUUGAUUUCUUUAAUUGCCAAAAGGAUUACAGAACUUAAUUUUCUUUCAGAAUUUAAUAAAAAUUAUUUAAGCAGAUCAGAAGGCAUUUUAAUGGUAAAUUAAAUGGUCCUUAGCACAAAAACUAGCCAUUGGAAUAUUUGGUUUUAAAUCUCAAUACACACCAGCUAGUUUUUUCUUGACAAACAUCAUUUCAACUUCCAAUUUUUCAAGUAAAAGUGCCCCAUUUUCUGUGUGAAAAUUUGUUUGUAAUUUUUAUUACUUGUGAUAAUAACAAUUCAGAAAAGAAAGGCAUUUUAGUUUUUGGGGAACAAAAUGAUCACACAAAAUAAAAUGUAAAAUGUGUGCCUUGCAUUACAUACGUAAAUCGAAACAAUGAAUAUCAUGCAGUUCUGUUUACAAAUAAACUACACUCCCCACAAAUGCAAGGCCACAUAAUUACAUCCUUGCUCAAACCCUGCUAGUUACUUACUCUGCAAAUAGUUAUUAAAUAGCUUAUUAGGGAUAAAAUAUUAAUUUUUGUAAACUAAGUAAUAACCAUGCAAUCCAUAGUUGUGCAUGCAUUUAACAGAUGAAAUGGAGCAGUUCCAUCCUUAAGAUUUGGAUAUUACCACCUAAAAGCUACAAAGUCCCUCUGUGCAGCAUCAUUAGCAUGAUUUGCUGGCUUGCAGAGGUCAGAAACAAGCUACUUAGUUCCGAUGCCAUUAACAAAAAGUACUCUUUCUAACUAUACACUACUUUGAUUCCAAGACUAACAUUUUGGAUUGUAGAAAUUUGAACUUAUGUGUGUGCCUGGGCUAUUUCCUACCCAGGAAAAGGACUUUGUGCUUCCCCUCUUGCUUCCCCUUGGCCCAUUUCUCCCCAUAACAAUCUGUCUCAGUGGCAGCAGGAUCCUGUGAUGCAUACAGUGCAGCUGCACAAUCAAGCAGGCUUUGCACGGUCUCUGCUGAAAAUAAUAUUGCAACACUGACAUAGUUCUUCAAAUUUCUGAGGUUUGUUCCAUCCCUCCUACAGUGACUGCAAGAUGGUAACAGGCUAAUCUUAUUAGCUUUAGUGUUAAAUUAGUUUUGGUUAUUUUUCUUCUUGGAAAGUGCAAACUUUUCCUUAUGAAUAUGGGACAGGAGAGUUUUUUAAUAUUGUAGCAAUUAUUGAAGAACUAUUUCUUGAGUAUUAAAUAUAGAAAUAGCUUGUUUUCAUAAAGGUGAAAUUUAAAUGCCAAACUUGUUUUCACAAGAAGUUGGAGUCAAACUAUCACAGUCACAAAGUGAUUCUAGGAAAAGUUCAUCUCAUUGAAGCUCUACUUAGUGCCAAAAUUUAUUCUCUUCAGAAGUUUUGAGGUUGUAUUUCUGCUGCUCUUCAAAUGAAAAUAUUUUAACUUGGCAGAAAUACAGUUAUAAAUUAUCUGAUUAGAUUUAUCUCAACCUGAGCAAAUGUGUAUACUAUUCAUAAUUCAGUCAGACAAAUGUUAGAACUCUGUGGUGAGACCGGGGCAUGAUAAUGAGGCAACGUUGGGAAUGAUAACGAGGUAGUAAUGUCCACUGUGCUUCAUUUGUUUUCCAACUCUUUUGCAAAAGGAACUGGAUUUCAGUCUUGUAGAUAAAAAGCAUUUGGGACUAGCUUUGUCAUAAUGAUUUUAAUUACAAUUUUGACAAAUGUAGGAAGGUAUACUCUUUUCUUCCUUUUAUUUACUUACAUUCGACUGCAGAGUCAGAACUAAUACCAUGCGCAAAAGUAAUCUUUCUCAGCCUAUUUACAUUGCUUAUAAAUUGUCUACAAUGCUUUUGGUGUCUGUGGAGUUACUCUGGCAUGAAACUGGUAGAGGAGAAAAAAGUUAUCUCCAAGGAGAGAUCCUUCUAAGAAGUCAUACAAGGCUUUCUUUUAGCUGCCUUAAAAUGUUAGAUCAUUAAGAAGGCUUAGUUUUCAGAGCACACUGCAGCUACAAACUAUUGUUGCUCUCCACUGAUUAGUUGGCGUCAUUUGCCAAGUCUCCUUUCACCAUCUUCUGAAGCCUGUGGCCCCCAGAAAGCCAUGAUGCCUCUGGUGAGGAGCUCUGGUUCCAGUGUGUGCAGAAUCCAGCAGUUCUGCAUCACCGUUACAGUUCCCUUUGGCAAAGAGCAAAUUCUGAGGCUGCCAUAGAGAAACCAAGUCAGGGCUGAAGCUCCCAGGUGAAAUCAGUUUCGUGACUCUUGUUUCUCCUUUGGCAGAGACAGAAAAACACUUGUGUGGUUUUUUUUAUUGUUCUGUAUAGUACACAGAACUCACAGAGUCCUGAAUUACUUCAUUCAGGAUACUGCAGGUGUCAGUAGGUUUUCCUGGCCAUUAAAGUUCAGACAGUAAUUAGGAUUCUUUCUUGAUUACCUGUUGUUUAAUUAGUAAAAGACAAUAAUAAAAAAAAAAUUUAGCACCAAAUAGCAUGACUAGCACAGGGUUUCAGGAAUACAGUUUAACCAGGAAGACAGAACUGGAAAUGAAUGGGCUGCUCAAGCAGUGACAAAGCAGCUUCCUGCGCUAACAGCACCAUUCAGGGCCCUGUUUGAAUCAGGAGAAGUGAGCAGUAAAACUGGCAGGUCAGUCAGACGCACAGGUGUACCAGCACACAUCUACUGGAUGAUACCAUCCUGGAAAGACCAAAAAUGUUGAUUUUCUAUUUGAGAUCCCUCUCUUCCUCCCCUGUUACUCUUAAUAGUGCAAAACCAGGUGUUUUUUUCACCUACUCUUGUCCGUAAGAGGAAAAGCAUAAAUCCCAGAAAACACAGGCAGAUGCCCACCUGUUCCCAGGGUUUGCCACACUGGCUAUACAGCACAGCUUUUGCAGUAGAUGGCUUUGGUGAUAAGCAUGGGCCAGCUGACAACAGCACACAACAGUCUGCAGUCCUAACACUUCCCAACAUCCAGCAGGGAUCAGCAAAAUGAGGGCACGGUCACCCUAGAGAGGAAAGGAAGGGGCAGAGGAAGGACAAAUUGCCAGCAUCUACUGGAUCUUAAAUGACAGGAAAUUAGUGUAGAAACAGCUUUAUAUGAAAAAUUACCAAGAGGAGAUGGCAAAGGAGAGCAAAUGAAAGCAUUUACUUUUUGCACCUUUUCAUUCUAAAGUUGCUGAGUCAUUUUAACAGUAAAUACUCCUGAAUUAAGUUCAGGCUUAUUGUUUGAUGCCAUUAGCCCAUCUUGUUAGAUAAUGCUAUAAGCCUACUUCAGGUGCAAUCAGUGUUAUCAACAUAUGGGAAAUUAUUUGUGAAAAAAAAAAUUACAACAUUAUUUAUACCGGCGUUACAAGUUAAAGUAAAAUUCUUUGUAAAGUUUAGAUGCUCUAAGUUUAAGCAUCUGAAGUUUAGAUGUUUUUUAUUGUGAAGUCAUGCUAAGUUCAUCACGGUAGUACUGUUGUAAUGUUCCAUUAAUGCCCACAAUCUGUUCAGUCCUCUUUGUUACAUGAAUGCUUUGAAAAUGGCUUAUUAUUGUUAAAUUCCUGCCUUUCUUUUUAAGGGGUUUGAUAGAGUUGUACAUGUCUAUUUUGUGCCUCCCACCGUUGUGCAUUUCUGCAUGUUCAGUUCUAGAACUCACUUGAGCAGAUGAUGCAUAUGUAAAUAGCUGUAUGUAUGUAUGUGUGUAUGAAUGUAUAUGCUUAUACCUCUCUGUCUAAAUAUUUUCUGUACAGUGUAUAGGAAAUGUGUAGUGUAUGUAUAUAUGUACAGAUAUGGAGCCAUUAUUCAUCUAUUAUGUGCUAAAAUUUUUUAUUCAUUUGCUAAACCAUAGCUUCCUAAUUUGGUGAAUCCUCACAAAUUUCAGAGCUUUGCACCUUUUUUCUAAACCAGUCUGAAUUUACUAUUUGCUGUUCAGAACUGACAAAUAUAUUCCAUUAAUUUUCUGGCUUUUACAUUACUCUCUUUACCUUUUCUCAUUUGACCUAUAGAGGUCUGGAAAUCAAUAGUUAAUUGAGCCUUUUUAAAACAAGGAAUAAAUAACUAUAGUCAUAGAAAAUGCUUCCCUGCUCAUUAUAUACUCAUUCUCUUCCAGCCCUCCUGAGAUACUUUUGUAAAGUUGUAUUUUUUGUGAAGCUUGGUAAGAGACUGAUUUUUUUGUUUUAAGUCUUCAUCUGUGGCUAAUUGAAAGUAAACCAAGUUGCCAUUUAUCACUGAACUGCAGCACACAGAAGAGGAGGUAAUGGAUGCUGUUUAAGAAAUCAAUAGUCAUAUUGUCAUAGUGAUCUCAUGAAGAGAUGUGUGUGAGAUAGAGACUGUGUGCUCUGGUCAGUGAAAAAGCAGCUCUGGUACAAUGGUAAUUAAACAGUAGGGACACUGCAGGUAGUUUAUUUCUUAGCAAGUAUCAAGACAUCUUCAGGAUUUUCACAAUGCAUUUCAAUUGUAUAUUCACUUUCCAAAGUUUUUAUUUUUAUUUUCCAGCCUAAACUGAACACAGCUAGUUUCUUAAUUUAGUUGUCAAACUAUGUCCCUUGCCACAUUCUGUCCUCUCCUAGGUCUGCAAUCUGUGCAGCUCCUGCACUGCCUGUGACAGACCCACAUGUGGGACAUGGACACACAGUUGGGAAAUGAGAUGUGAAGUAAGACUAUUUCUUAUUCAUAAUGAAACAUUUACAUUAUCAAAGCUUCUUCUCUUUUGAUGAAGCUAAAAAGGAAGCCUUCCAUAAAGUAAAUCUGUUAACUGUGAGUUUUUUAAAAAAAGCAUUUCACGGACCAUGCAGGACAGUAGUUCAGCAAGUUGUUUCUGUCAUUAAAAAGGUGAAAUAGAAUUUUAUGGGCAUUUAUUUCCACCUUCUGUGCUCACUGUGGCAAAGACUUGUGUAUGUUUAAUCCAAUGAAAUGACACUAAUCAAAAUAACAUUAACUUUGUGCAUUAUUAAAGUGAACCACAAGUCUGAGGAAAUUUUGGAAAGUCUGCUUUGGAAAAUGCUGAGAAUGUUCUAUUUCUUGGUGUAUUGAUUAGCGAGCAUUUGUAAGCUUUUAUUUCAAAUAUAGGAAUAAACCUGUAGCAUUUCAAACCCUUAUUUCUAAGAUUUUCAGCACGAAAAAUGUGUAAAUUAAUGUCAGGAAUUUCUGUGACAGAUGUUCCUUCCUUGGUGUCUGGACAAUUGGUGGUGUUUGAAUGCUUGCUUUUCUCUUUAAAGGUGAAUAGUUAUUAAGGUCACUGUUCUGCAGGAACAGUUUUAAAGUUUAGGAAGCCAAUUGGGGCAUUAAUGCAAGAUUUAAUCUGUUUAAAAACUCAACUGUCAAUUCAGGAAAAAAAAAAGAAAAGGCAAAGUUCAGUGAAACCAAAUGUGUUAUAUCCACAUUUGAAUUGUUUGUAUUCUGAAGAACAAAAUGUGCUCAAAUUUAAUGGCAAUAAAGGCUCUGCAAUAAUACAACACAGGUCCACUUUAUGGUAUUUUCAUGAUUGUGGGUUAAAGCAGGACUAAGUAAAUUUAAAACAAAAAAGCACAGUCUUUAAGAAGAAAACAUAUUACUUACCGACUGUAAAUGUUAAAUUUUCCAUAUAUGGAAUCAAGAUCAAAUGUUCAAGUAUUUUUAAUAAUUAAUGUGUACUCCGAAAUACACUGGAAGCCAGUGUUCAUAGUUUCCUAACUGAAAACUGCACAGUUGUAUCUGUAUUGGCAUACUAGGGAAUGCUGAGCUCCUAAAAUACAGCAAAUUUUUAUAGAAGGAAGCAUUUUUCAGUUCCUUGGGAUAUUUUCUGGAAGUCUAUUCCUUAUAAUUUAGAAAACGAUUGUUUAUUUUAAAACUGCAAAAGUUUUUCAUUUCUCACAGCUUCUUUUGUGAAAUCAGUAUUAUAGUGUGUGAUAGCAUUUAAAAACAAUAGCAUGGGUUUUUUUUAAACUAAAUUUUAUAUCCAAGCAAUGUCUUCAGUCACAAAGAGGAAUUUGCAUUGUUGUGUUUGUAUAUAGAGUAUUGCAGUGCAUGAUUUAGCUUAUGCAUUUUAUUAAAUGCUGUUGUGAUAUUAUAUUGUUGCGGUUAAUACUAGUAGCUAAAUGAGGUUUCUACCAUUAAAGUGAAUUACAAAUAUAA